GGCGCGGAGCACCGGACGCCGAGAGCGCGGAGUAGAGCAGCGCCGACUGGAGAGAAGUGGGAGAGAAGAAUCGCGCCGUCCCAGCCCGCCCGCCAGCGUCCACGCCUCUCCUGCACCCUUACCUCUGCCGGCCCUUGCCGGACUCGACUGGCGGCCAUGCAGCCCCGGGGCUGAGGCGGCCCCAUGGCGAAACCCGCGUCCCCGCGGUCCCGGCAACGACGGCGCAUGGAGAACUUCCGUAAGGUGCGCUCCGAGGAGGCGCCGGUGGGGGACGGGGCCGAAGGGGGCGGCCUGAGCUCCGGCCCUUUCGCGGACCUGGCACCGGGCGCCGUGCACAUGCGGGUCAAAGAGGGCAGCAAGAUCCGGAACCUGCUGGCCUUCGCCACCGCCAGCAUGGCGCAGCCAGCCACGCGCGCCAUCGUCUUCAGCGGCUGCGGUCGGGCCACCACCAAGACCGUCACGUGCGCCGAGAUCCUCAAGCGCCGCCUGGCGGGCCUGCACCAGGUCACGCGGCUGCGCUACCGGAGCGUGCGCGAGGUGUGGCAGAGCCUCCCGCCCGGGCCCACGCCGGAUCAGAAGCCUGGCGACCCGGCUACCAGUCUCAGUGUACUUAAGAACGUGCCCAGCCUCGCCAUCCUACUUUCCAAGGAUGCACUGGAUCCGCGCCAACCCGGCUACCAGCCCCCGAACCCCCAUCCUGGCCCCUCAUCCCAGCCGUCGGUGCCGACGACCAAGAGGAGCCUUGGGGAACCCGCAGCUGGAGAAGGCUCCGCGAAGCGGUCACAACCUGAGCCAGGUGCUGCGGAAGAGGACCGGACGGCCUGAGAACUCCCGGCUCUGGGCCACCUAGAUGGACUGUAUCUUACCCCCAGCGCCUCGACUUUGAGACGCACCUCCAGCCUUUCACGCCUUAGUACGCUAGAGCCCACAACUGAACACAGCUCCUCAGACUGGCAGCGUGGACCCCAAGGCGACAAGGGAGGGACCCCAGGGAAGCUUCGUGGGGUGGUUACUCCUCCACCUGUGUAUUGCCUGAAGACGCAGAACUCCACCUUCAGCUUUUCUGAGCCAUACUGGGACCUUCUUCAGGGAAGGAAUGGUGGGCAGGGGGACUCGAGCCUUGCUCAGGGACCCCCAGCAUUCAGGUGGGGGGCUCCGAGUGUGGAAGCCGAGGAGAGCUCUUGAAUCACCCCCACCGUUGGCAGCAGAGGGCAAGGGGUGAGAAACUGAUUGCUUGAGGGCAGGGGAGUCUGAGUUGUGGGGGGUCCUAUCCUGCCCAUCACGGCAGGACACAGUUUCUUUUCUAGUUUUCCUUCCCCUGCUUUUAAGGAUCAUCCUAGGAUCAUGGUGGCAGGAGGCAUCUCCAUGGGCUCUAGCUCUUUCAACGUCCUCCCUUCCCCAAGCUGGCCCAGAGGGAGAGACCCAGGACAAGUCUCCAUGCCUCCUCCCCUGAGCCCCACAGCUAGAGUCUUGCUUCCAAUAAAACAAACAGAAAAAUGG